AUGAUGAGUAAGAACGAAGAGAUCCUAUCAAAGGCAACGCCAAAUUUUAUUUACAAAUUUUUUACAGAACCCAAUUCUCAAGAAUCGUUAAAGUGGUUAAAUGGAGAAAUCAAUUUAAUAUGCUUUAGUCAAAUGAAUGCAGGAGCAAAUCAGACUUUUUUAAAAGUCAUAGAUGGUUCGAUCCCACCUCAGUAUUAUGCUAUAGUACAUUUAGGAAUUGAAGAAAAUAAUAGUACAAUAUCUUAUGUAAAGAAAAUAAUUAGUAUUGAAAAUUUUUCUAUCACAAAUUAUUAUGGUAAAUUAUUUAUUUUAGCAAAAAAAGUUACAGUAUAUUUAAAUAUUGAUCAUUUCGAUAUUGAAGAUUUAUUUAAGAAGUAUCAUUUACAAAGUAUAUCUUAUUUUUUAUUAAAUUCGAAAAAUGAAAAUAAUUCAAGAGAGAACUACUCCAGAAUAGUAAAGGAUUCUAAUAAUAAUAUGAACAAUGUGAAUAAUGUGAAUAAUGUGAAUAAUAUGAAUAAUAUGAACAGUAUGAAUAGUGUGAAUAAUAUGAACAGUAUGAACAGUAUGAAUAAUAGUACACAUAAUGUUGGAAGUAGUAAUGGGGGUGCUGGGGGAUAUAAUAAUAGAGAUGAUAAUAAAUUAAGAGAGAAUUAUACACAUUCAAAUGAUGAUAACAUUAAUCAUACCAAUAUAAAGGAUAAUUACUACUACUCAAGGGAUAAUAAUUAUCAUAAUAAUAAUAAUAUUAAUAAUAGUAGUAGUAGUAGAGGUGAAAAAUGGGAACAAGUCAGAGAUAAUUAUAAAUCCAAUGAAUAUUUUAAUAAUAAUGGGAAAGCAUAUAAUCAUAAUGUACAUAACAGACAAAACAGUGAACACAUUAUGAAAGAAAAUAAUAACAAAAAUUUUACGACACCAAUUCAUAUGAAUGAAGAUAAUAGAAUAGAUAAACAACAAAAUUAUAUGGAUAAUAAUAAUAAUAAUAAUAUGGAUAAACCAAAUAGAGGAAAGUUUGUUUAUAAAGAGAACCCUAAUAUACCUAAUUAUACAAAUGUAAAUGAUUAUGAAAGUAAAAAUAAUUUACAUAAACCAUUUCCUGUACAAAAAAGUGCUAGUGCUUAUAAAGGACCUUCUGAAUAUUCUGAAUAUAAUAGAAAUAAUAUGUGUUAUGAAAAUAAUUCUCCAGGCAAUGAAGCCUAUAAUAAAAAUAGUAGAGCCUAUAUUAAUAAAAAUAAUUACGACAACAACAAUAAUAAUAAUAAUAAUUAUUAUUAUUAUCAUCAUCAUAAUAAUAUGAAUACAAAUUCGAGACAAGCCACCAAUAACCAACCAUAUGAUUAUAAUAACCAUAAUAGAGAUUAUGAUAAUAAAAAUGUAAAUAAAUAUUCUGAUGGUAUAAAAGAUAAUUCGUGUUAUAAUAAAAAUGAGGAAUCAUCAAAAAUGUAUAUGAAUUCGAAUUGUUUACCUCAUACCACAAGUAUUGUAAAAUUGAAUCGAUGUGACGAAUCAUUACAUGAGAGAUAUUUUUCUAUAGAUAAUAAUAAUAAUAUGAAUAAUAUGAGUAAUGUGAAUAAUAUGAGUAAUGUGAAUAAUGUGAAUAAUGUGAAUAAUGUGAAUAAUGUGAAUAAUGUGAAUAAUGUAAACAAUGUGAAUAAUGUAAACAAUGUGAGUAAUAAUAAUAGUGUGAUUAUGGAUCAUCCAAGCGGGAACUAUAAUCAUGAAAACGAUCCAAAUAACCAUCACAAUUACAAUAAUCAUAAUAACUAUCAUACAUAUGAUAGACAUGUGAACCCAUCAAACAAUCAUCAACAUUACAAUAAUAAAGAUGAAUAUACAUACACAAAUAAUGAGGACUGUCAUCUGAAAAUAAGAAAAGACGAUAUGGGAAGUAACCAAGAGUCAAGAGAUUAUAAUUAUUAUGAUGAGAAUAGUAUGGAUAAUAUAAUGAAAAAAGAUGAAAAAAUAUUAAAAGAUAAAACAUUAAAUAGAAAUAACAGGAAAAUUACUCCUUAUCAAAGUAAUGCUGUUAUAAAAAUGAAUGAUGGUAUAUUAAUGCAGAUAAAUAAAUUAUCUCAAUAUUCCUCGAAAUGGAUUAUUAAGGCGAGAGUACAAUCAAAAGAUAAUAUUAGAAGAUAUACAUCCGGAAGUAAAGAAGGGAAAGUUUUUAACAUUGAAUUGUGUGAUGAAGAUGGAGAAAUUAAAGCCAAUUUUUUUGGAAAAGCUGUUGAUAAAUGGUUUGAUUUUAUAGAAGUUGGUAAAAUAUAUAAAAUUAGUAAAGGUAUGAUAAAGGUAGCAAAUAAAAAAUUUAAUACUUUAAAUCAUGACUAUGAAAUUACUUUAGAUGAAAACUCCUUAAUCGAAAUAUUAGAUGAAGAAAAUGAAAAUAUUCCAAAAUAUAAUUAUAAUUUUAUAUCUAUAGAUAAUAUUAAAAAUAUGAAUACUGGCUCAUUUGUUGAUAUUAUAGCUGUAGUAUUAAAUUAUCAAGAAAAAAUGCAGAUUUUUGUAAAAAAAACAGGACAAUAUAAAGAUAAAAGAGAUGUUACCUUAAUAGAUGAAAGUUUUGAUACAAUACAAGUAACCUUGUGGGAAAAAAAUGCAACCAUUAUCGAUGAAAUGAAUUUAAGAGAUAAUUGUAUUGUAUGCUUUAAAUAUUUAAAAAUUGGAGAAUGGCAAGGAAAAAAAUUAGAAUCACAUGCACGUACCAAAAUUGAAAUUAAUCCUGAUAAUAUAGAAAAAGCAUAUAUUCUAAAAAAUUGGUGGAUUCAUAAUAAAAAAAUGAUAUGUAAUUCUAUAAACCUAAGUUCAAAUUAUAUUAAUAUUGAAACACAAAAAACUAUACAAGAAAUUAAAAAAAAUGUAAAUCUAGUAAAUGAAGAAGCAUUAUCUGGUAAAGGUAUCAUGUUUACUACUUAUGGUUUUAUAGAUCAAAUAUAUAAUAAUAUGCCUGUCUAUUCAGCUUGUCCAGAUUGUAAUAAAAAAAUGAUAAGUAAUUCCGUUGAUGAUAACGAAUAUGAACCUUCUUCAAAUCUAUUAGAAGAAACUAUGUAUUGUGCAAAAUGUAAUAAAAAUAAUAUACCUGUCUAUAAUUAUUAUAUUAACCUAAAAAUAACGGAUAGCACAGAUUCUAUAAGAGCUUCAGCCUUUGCUAAUUGUGCUAAAAUUAUUAUGAACGGAUUGUCUGCUGAGGAAUAUAUGAAAUUAAGACAAGAAUAUAUAAUGCAAGAAAAUAUAGAAAACUUUGAUAUUAUAGAGAAAAUCAAAUUAAAUGAAUUCUUUUUUCGUAUAAAAGUAUAUAUGACAUCUCAUAUGGACGAGUUGAAAAAAAAUUACACAAUAAUAGAUAUUGCACCCGUUGGAAAACUUUUGAUAGAUAAUUGUAGGUACCUUAUCAAAUCUAUAAAAAAUCUAACCUCUAAAAGGGACACAGAUCAUGACGAAUGA